AUGGCAAGUUACGUUGUUGUUCUUGUCUACUUUGUUACUUUUACACUUCUUACCAUUUUCUUUCCUCGAACUCUCGCUGUAACAAUCCGGAGUGGCCUUAUGCAUAGGACUCGUGGUUUUGUCGCGAACAUCUCGAUUGGUGAGCCCGCCAUGUACCAGCUUGUACUAAUUGACACGAGUAGCAACAAAUUCUGGAUACAAUGCUACCCCUGUGUCAAAUGUAGCAACCAAAAAGAAAUUCCGCACUUCUAUCCCGCUAAUUCAUCAACAUAUGUUGUAGAGCCGUACAACUCUCAUAUGUGUGGUGUGUAUGGAGGUAAACGAGGUGACAAAGGCGAGUGCUUAUACAAAUCAAAGUUCCCCGAUCAGAGUGUGUCCACUGGAACCCUUGGCCGAGACACUCUUCAAUUCACUACAUCUGACAACGGGACAAUGAUGGUUCCGAGGAUAGCUUUUGGGUGUGGAACGCAUAAUGCUGGAGGUGGAUUUGGCGACGAGUAUUGUGGUAUACUUGGUUUAGGACCCGGUGAGACAUCACUAGUGAGACAAAUAGGGUCGUCCCAAUUUUCUUUUUGCAUUGGCAGCCUUAUUAUUAAUGAUCCAUAUAGUCACCUUAUUAUAGGUGAUGGAGCAACGAUAGAGGGGAAUCCAACACCCUUUGAAAUUUAUCAAGAUUCGUACUAUGUUAAGUUGGAUGGGAUUAGCAUUGGAGAAAAACAACUUGCAAUAGACAGAAAAUUGAUUACAAAUUUUGUUACAUUUGACUUGAGAACUCCAACAACCUAUUUGCAUAAAGGAGCUUAUGAAGUGUUGAGUGCAGAGGUGACGAGAUUAACAGAAGGAAAAUUGGAGCUUGUGGAUAUGGUAAGCGACCGCUUAUGCUUUUUUGGGACAUAUCUCAAAGGAUGUAAGAGAUUUUCCGGAUGUUAG